CUGCCCUGCUCAAUCUUAGCGUGUCCAAGUCCGCCCCCCAGGUUCCGUGCCUUCUUCGGUGUGCGGUGUAUGGAGUACGGAGUCCACCAUGCUUCCUGAGACGCCCCCGGGCCCGCCGCGGCUUUGCCCUGGCUACAAUCGCAGUGUGGUCGCCGCCCCCCACCCCGCUGUUGGCCUGUUUGCUGCAGUGUGCCUGGUGCCUGGCGGGAACUUGUUGGGGGGUUGUGGUGGUGGUGUGGGGGGGUGCAAUAAUUGAGCCGAGCUAAAAUUCCAGACGCCCAACUGUCACCCCACCGCACUGCACUGCACGCACACUGAGCACAGGAUAGCGCCUGAGGUCAUGCCUUCCCCAGCUGCCCAGCCGAGUUGGCUUCGGCAAAGGCGCGUUAGAGCCGCUUUUAGCACGUCUUAACACACACAAUUAUGAGUCGUGGCCGUCUGGGAUCACGACAUGCAUGGCAAGGCGCGUAUCUGGGCUCGCCUUACACGUGUAUAUCGUCCUUCCGUCCAUGGCGAGACAUCAUGCCAUACGAUAACCACUGCUACGUACCCAAGUAGGACAUCAUGGCCAAGCUCUUAGCACGCCCAUGGCAUUGACACUCUCUAGGUGUUCUGCCUUGUGCUUAUGUAGAAGAAAGGAAGUCUAAGCCUUGGGAGCAUACCACUUUCUUGGUCUCUUGGUUAGUCGAGUUGGCCUUGUACUUACUUGCAACCGGGUUGUCGAGGCUGACAUGAGACGACUAACGUCUGAAGACGACUGCCGUUCCUGAAGGACCACACACACACACCAACCACACCACACCACACCACACCAACACGACGCGUGCCACGACGGCAUUCCCGUCCAUCCCAAACCCGCACAACGAACUCUCCCCCAUCCCGUCGCAAUCCGUCCCAUCAUCCUGCCGCUUCAUUCGCAUCACUCGCAUCGCUCACUCACAUCAUCCGCUUCUCCAAUUCCAGUCCACUCCGACAUCCUUGCCCAUCAACCCCCCAUACCUACCAGAUCAGGUCAUGCCGGACCACGCUGUGCCAUGCCAUUGUUCGAAAUAGCAUCACUGGGCUAAUUAUAUAUCCUUUCGUAGGGGUCCCGCGGGUUGUAGACAGCUCAGCCCGGUUCAUCCCCCCCCCCCCCCGCCUGUUGCGCAGUCCAUCCAUGGGCCAUCAUGGAAGCGACCAUCGAGACGAGUGCCACGUGCCCUUGAUCGCUCGUCCGUCUGUCAGCCCGCUCCUAUCUCCUCGUGUCACACUCGGUAUCCGCGGCACCACCUCCCACGGCCCUCGUUUCUCCAUCUGUUGUCGGGCUGCCUGUCACCUGCAGGCGGCAACCUACAGCGAACCCCCGACAGCAUGGUCGGCAGGGACAAUCGUCGCCCGCCGCCGCUUUACGCUUUACGAACCGCUUUGGUUGAGGCACCUUGGCCUGGGUUAUACGGACCUCGAAACCUCGAUAUAUCCAAGAGCGCUCCAUGCGUUGGUCUCGGCUUCCUGCCUGUUGGUCGUCAAGGAGGGACAGUCCCGAGUGCCUGGCCUUGCUCUUGUCGCACGCGGCCCCCCGAGACACUUGACAGCUUUCAACUGCAUCUGGACGGGGACUCGCUCGCGCCCGCAACUGGCAGCAGACUCCUUGCCAGACUAGACAUCGAACCCAAGGCUCUGCCUGGGAACAGAACUCGCCUCCUCGUCUCGCUUUCACUGUAGUAGCGUGGUGGGCUCGUCGUUAACCUGAGCCAAACAAUCACCGCCUUCUUGAAAUCCACCAACCAUUAGAAAAGCCGUUGUUUCUCGCAACGUUUGACCGUAGAGGCCUCCCUAUCGCUCUCCCUCCACAGUGUUGCAGACAUACGCAUGUCCCGCGUAUCUGGCGCAUUCAUCUCUUGGUGGUCGCCUCAGACCAGCCUGCGCAUCCCCGCACGCCUUGUUUCACGUCAUGGAAAUGCCGGAUGAGGAAACCUCUUCACGCCACCGUUCCGGCAUUCCGUUGUUUGUCCGGCCCGCGCGUUCUGUUUGACGAUGAUCGAUCGCUGAUGGACGGGUGGCCUUCCUAGGGAGGGAUUGAGAUCGAAGUGCGGCCGGUCAAUCUCCUCGACCAAGUUGGGCGGUUUGAGCGGCCAGGUCUGAUAAUACGGGCCUCGCGACCUAUCCCCUCGGCCAGCGUGGGAUCCGGCCGUUCGCGGGAGCCCGCCGUCUUCUUGGGCACGCGGCACGUAGUUCGUGGGAGGCAUUUAGCAGCAGCCA